AACGACGUCGUUUGCUGAGUUUCGUGUUUGCAAAGAGAUCCGAAGUGAAAAGAGUGAAAAACCCAAACCUUGUUCCUAUUUCACGCCCUAAUUCUUCAUCUUCUUCGUUAGGUUUCACUCACUCCCAUCAACAAUGACGAAGCAGCACGCAAAUUGGUCUCCAUACGACAACAAUGGAGGAUCUUGUGUUGCAAUUGCUGGAGCCGAUUACUGUGUCAUUGCAGCGGAUACCAGAAUGUCCACCGGUUACAACAUCCUCACUCGCGAGUACUCCAAAAUCUCCCAACUAGCUGAGAAGAGUGUGAUGGCUUCUUCUGGUUUUCAAGCUGAUGUCAAAGCUUUGCAGAAGGUUCUCUCCGCUAGGCAUUUGAUAUAUCAACAUCAACACAACAAGCAAAUGAGCUGCCCUGCAAUGGCUCAGUUGCUUUCAAACACUCUUUAUUACAAACGCUUCUUCCCGUAUUACUCUUUCAAUGUUUUGGGUGGCCUUGACAGUGAAGGAAAGGGUUGUGUCUUCACAUAUGAUGCUGUCGGUUCCUAUGAGAGGGUUGGAUAUAGCUCUCAGGGUUCCGGAUCCACACUCAUUAUGCCAUUCCUUGACAACCAACUGAAGUCCCCUAGUCCACUCCUUUUGCCUGCCCAGGAUGCUGUUACUCCACUGUCUGAAACCGAAGCAGUUGAUCUGGUCAAAACUGUUUUUGCAUCCGCAACCGAGAGAGAUAUAUACACUGGAGAUAAGCUUGAAAUUGUCAUCCUAAAUGCCAGUGGUAUUCGUCGUGAAUACAUGGAACUCAGGAAAGACUGAUGCUUUUACACAGAUUUAUUGUUCAUGCCAGACUGGGAUGACAAUGUUUGAAAUGCUCCUUGAAUUAUAAAUGUUGUAGUGGGUUUUACCCAUGAGGUGAAAUUAAGAAUUGCAUUUCCAGUGAAAUCAGUUUGAACUAGUGCUAGACUCUGUUCUCAUCAUUACUAGACUGUGGUUUCACUUUAUGUUUUUGUAUUGGAUGUUAUCGGUGCCUAUUUCUUAGCUUUCUUUCA